GUUAAAUGCGGCUUCAGAAUUUAAGUCGACGUGUUUGAAUACCGAUAAAACAAUUAUUCCUUAUGUGGAUAGCGAAAAAAUGUUACAGCUCGACCUAAGAGAAGUGUACAUGCAGGAAAAGAAAAGUGAAUUAGUUUGCAGUCAGAAAAUAUGUCGAUUGUGUAUGCAGCCAGUAGAAAGUGAGUUUAGGUGCAUAUGUGAAGAGGAACUUGAAACUAUUCAGAAAUUGACACCUGAAAUGAAUAUAAAUAUCAUCAAAGAUCCCGUUGUUUGUAAGACAUGCUUCGAUUCUCUGUGCACCCACAACAGUUUCCUAAAAAAUUGCUGGGAAGUACAGGAAAAAAUUAAAAGUAUUUUUGAUAGCUCAGCCACAGGAAGUCAAAUAGAUACGUCUCCACUUGGUUUAUUCGUUAAGACUGAAAACCUGGAAAAGAAAUUCGAUAUUAACGAGAUGGAAAUGUCGAUCAAAGCUGAAUAUGUCGACAUAAAAACGGAAGAUGAAGAAACGAGGGACACGCCACUUCAAACCUUCGAUAUUGUGUCAUUCGAGGAGAGUGACUGUAAAAAUGAAGAAGAGGAUGGAUGUAAACAUGAGAAUGGAUCAGCAGCGAAAACCAGGCAGAAACGCAAAGUAUUGUACAAAUGUGAUAAAUGUAUCUACGAAACUGAAAGUGAGAUCCGUUUUACGGCACACUGUACGAGACAUGAGAAGAAUUUGAGAGCAUAUAAAUGUGAAUCGUGUGAGUACGAAACUGAAAAUAAGAAAUUACUUCAGAAGCACCUAUUGAGGCAUAAAGACCCUUCACAGGUUCAAAUGUACAGGUGUAACGACUGCGAUUUUGAAACUAAAUACAAGAGUUAUAUUAAACUGCAUCAAGAGAAACAUAAAGAUCCUUCACAGGUUCAAAUGUACAAGUGUAAUGACUGCGAUUACAAAACUAGACACAAGAGUAAUUUCAAACAGCAUCAACUGAAACAUAAAGACCCUUCACAGGCUCAAAUGUACAUGNAAAAAAAUAUAUUGAGACCCGUGGACCUGUUGAAAGUGAAGCAAAAAUUAUAA